GAGCCACUGGGAGGUGUGUUCUUAGUGACAUCAGCUGGCAAAGAGCCCUAGUAACAGGGAGGCUUGGAAGGGUAGUGGAGGGAGAGGAAGCAGUAGGGAGGAAGAAAAAGAGAGAGACAGAGAGACUGACUGUAUCUGGGGAUUCUGGCAAGGUGAAGAGCUGGUCUGUUUGGCAGGACCUUCCCAUCUGGGAUCCAUCUGUGUUUCCCUGGAAUGGGACAGGCAGCUCUAGUCAGUGAGAAAUCGCAGAUGUGAGAGAGCUGACACAUGUCCAGCUAAUGAAAGAAGGAGGAAGGCUGGUCUCAGAUUGGGCUUUGAAGAUUAGGAGGAGGAAAAGAGGAGCCUUUUUAUAUUUAUUUUGAAUAAAUUUGGUAUAUUAAGUAUCUGGAUUGUUAUAAUCUGGGCAUUUGAGUUGGUCCUGAGAAAAGAGUGCCAGCAAUGCCUGGAUCUCCUGUGGAAGUGAAGAUACAGUCAAGAUCCUCACCUCCCACCAUGCCACCCCUGCCACCAGUAAAUCCUGGAGGACCCAGGCCAGUGUCAUUUACUCCUACAGCAUUAAGCAAUGGCAUCAACCAUUCUCCUCCUACCCUGAAUGGUGCCCCAUCACCACCGCAGAGAUUCAGCAAUGGUCCUGCCUCUUCCACAUCAUCUGCACUAACAAAUCAACAAUUGCCAGCCACUUGUGGUGCUCGGCAGCUCAGCAAAUUGAAACGCUUCCUUACCACUCUGCAACAGUUUGGCAAUGACAUCUCGCCUGAGAUUGGGGAGAAGGUGCGGACUCUUGUUCUAGCACUGGUGAAUUCAACAGUAACAAUUGAAGAAUUCCAUUGCAAGCUCCAAGAGGCGACAAACUUCCCUCUUCGUCCUUUUGUGAUUCCAUUCCUCAAGGCCAAUCUGCCCCUGCUGCAGCGGGAACUGCUGCACUGCGCCCGAGCCGCCAAGCAGACCCCAUCCCAGUACCUGGCUCAGCAUGAACACCUUCUGCUCAACACAAGUAUUGCGUCGCCUGCUGAUUCUUCUGAGCUGCUCAUGGAAGUGCAUGGAAACGGAAAGAGGCCCAGUCCAGAAAGGAGGGAAGAGAACAGUUUUGAAAGAGACACAAUUCCUCCCGAGCCUCCCACCAAGAGAGUAUGCACCAUCAGCCCUGCUCCCCGGCACAGUCCUGCCCUCCCUGUGCCCCUCAUGAAUCCUGGGGGCCAGUUCCAUCCUACUCCUCCACCUCUCCAGCACUACACCUUAGAAGAUAUUGCAACUUCACACCUGUAUCGUGAGCCCAACAAGAUGUUAGAACACCGUGAAGUUCGUGAGAGACACCACAGUCUUAGUCUAAAUGGAGGCUAUCAAGAUGAGUUGGUAGACCACCGUUUGACAGAAAGAGAAUGGGCUGAUGAAUGGAAACAUCUGGAUCAUGCUCUGAAUUGCAUUAUGGAAAUGGUAGAGAAGACAAGGCGCUCCAUGGCCGUUCUACGGCGCUGUCAGGAAUCUGAUCGCGAAGAACUCAACUACUGGAAAAGACGGUGUAACGAAAACACAGAGAUGAGGAAGACAGGGAGCGAGUUGGUCUCCAGGCAGCACAGUCCUGGGAGCGCAGAUUCUCUCAGCAAUGAUUCGCAGCGGGAAUUCAACAGUAGGCCAGGAACAGGAUACGUACCUGUGGAGUUUUGGAAAAAAACUGAAGAAGCUGUGAAUAAGGUGAAAAUUCAGGCCAUGUCAGAAGUACAAAAAGCCGUUGCUGAGGCAGAGCAAAAAGCCUUUGAAGUGAUUGCAACGGAGAGAGCUCGGAUGGAGCAAACCAUAGCGGACGUCAAACGACAGGCUGCAGAAGAUGCCUUCCUCGUCAUAAAUGAGCAGGAAGAGUCAACAGAGAACUGCUGGAACUGUGGCCGCAAAGCCAGUGAGACCUGCAGUGGCUGCAACAUCGCACGCUACUGCGGCUCUUUCUGCCAGCACAAGGACUGGGAGCGGCACCACCGCCUCUGUGGCCAGAACCUGCACGGCCAGAGUCCCCACAGCCAGGGCCGGCCACUGCUUCCUGGAGGGAGGGGCUCGUCAGCCCGGUCCGCCGACUGCAGUGUGCCCAGCCCGGCUCUGGACAAGACCUCGGCCACCACCUCCCGCUCCUCAACGCCUGCCUCUGUGACAGCCAUCGACACCAACGGACUCUGAGCCCAGACUUCCUCCCUCUGAUGACCUCACAGCGCAGCAGUACAUGGCACAGGGGUCCUGGCCGUUUGAACCAGUGCAAUUAGCUGUCGGGUCAUCAGCAAAAAGUGAAGUGGAGGCAGGAAGAGUGCAAGCCCAGCAGACACUGCUCCACGGCCUCUCCAGACACUUAACCCCAGUUUCCUGUCUGCGUCCUCGGGGAAGCUAGCGUGCUGUUAUCUCUGCACACGGGCAGCUGGCCAGAGCUGCUCCCUCCUUCCUGGGCUUCCGGGUUGGUUCCUGUCCCAGCUGAAACUGGCAUGGCCGACCCCUUUUCAGCAUAGACCACCAGCUCCCUUGCCUGCCUCUUGAGGCAGCAGAGACUGUCAAAUGUGCCCCACCAGGCUGGAGGCAGCUCGCCCCAUGCACUGCCUCCCUGCCCACCACCCUGCAGCAGAGGCCUGGAGGCUGAUAGCAGGCGGCGGAGGAGAUCCCCUCUGUCGGGGUAGUUCCUUUAGCCCCAUUUCCACCCUCAGCAGAUGCCACUGAUGAGCCCCACUAGGACUUGGGCCAGCAAAAGCAGCACUCAGGACUCUCCUCGACCCUGCUGUUCAGACUUGUUAAGAUGAUCAGAAAUCACA